ACUUCCUCUUGACGCAACAAAAAAAUAAAUAAUAAAUAAAGAAACAAAAAUAAAAACAACAACAACAGUGCACAGAGUGGUCAAACAUAUUGGGCAGUGGUAGGGAGCAAGACGAGUCAUUCGCAACAUUAGCCAGCUGUCUCGCCAGCAUAUGCAGAGUGUUAUAUUUAUUUAUAUAUUAUACAUACGUACGUACAUAAACAUAUGUAUGUACGAACAAAUGUAUGUGUACACGCAUCGUAUCUUUACAUGCACACGUGUUAAGUGACGUGAACGUGACACGAAUGUGAUUAGUGAGUGAGCAACGCCGUUGUAAAAACAAAAAACAUUAAACUGAAGUAAACCAACAACAACAAAAAGUUAAUUGAAAAAACGUUUUUGUCGCCGCGACGCCGCAAUUUGCAUACCUACCACACGCACGAAGGCACAGACACACACACACACACACACACGCACGUGCGCGUUUGCUUACAACCAACAUGGAAAGCUCACCGAGCUCUUCAGCAAGCUCCUCGCCGCCAGAUUUCGAUUUCAGUUUGCCUUGUCGCUACUUCAAAAGCAAUUUCGCACGUUCACUCUCCAUGCAUCAGGGUGCCGGCAUAGCUGGAGCUGCUUGUGGCAGCGCUAAUGAUAUGCAAUGCAAAUCAUUGGAUUUCGAUAUCGGUCAAUAUCGCAGAAUUAGCGCUUUUAAUGAUGUCAACAGCAACAAUAACAACUGCAACAGCCUCGAGUGUCCGCCAUUGCCGGAGCGCCGCCGACAGGUAGCCACGCCAGUGACCACAACUGCGACGGCUGCUGCAUACAAGAAUGAGGCCAACAACAGUAGCAGCAACAGCAGCAGCAGCAGCAAUAACAUCACCGUAGCUUACUUAAAACUAAACGAUGUGACUGCGGAUGGGCAAGAGGUGGAUGAUCAACCGCCAGCCAUACCAGCGCGUUGUCCCAUUAUCACAAAAUCAAAGUCAGCCGGCACAUUGAAUAUACAGCAGCGACAGCGAAAACAACAAUUUCUAUUGGCACAAUAUAGGCUAGCCGAUGAGGAUGUGGAGGAAAGCGAGAAUGCGGCGAUUGCCACAGGCACUCAUGGGAAUUUUAACAGGCCAAUUAAUCAGCAGCAGCCGCAGUUGCUGCAGCAGCAACAACAACAACAGCAGCAGUUGAAUAGCAGUGCAAAUAACAACAAUAGUAACAAUAACAGCAACAGCUUUGACGGCAAUGAAGAUGCCACAAGUGUUGGCAUAAGCCGCUGCAAUGCAAGCAAUAGAAGGAAUGUUUGGCCUACAGACCGCGAUGCCGGGCAACAGCAACAACAACAGCAGAAACAGCAACAGGAUGUUAAUCUCUUGUACGAUGAGCAGCAUGACGUAAACGGCAAUGGCGUAGAAGCUUAUACUAAUGAUAACGGUGACGAUGAUGAUGAUAAUGAUAGUGAGGAUAAUGAUGGCAAUGUUACAAUAGCAGCACCGCCGCCACCUGUGGCUGCUGCACGCUCUACACUAAAAUCGCAUUAUGUUGCAACAAAACCCACUUCUAUGCUCUCUCGCACCGCACCCUCACGUUUGGUGCAUCGUUUGCCUGCCUUGAAGGCGUCCAGCGAUAGUGCCGCCAAUGUUCAAGUGGUUUUGCUGCAAAAUCAAGUGGACACAUUGCAAUGGCAAUUGAAACAGUUGGAGACUAGCAAUGAAAUGUACCGUGCUGUCAUCGAAGAGAUCGCACGCUUCCUUGAUCGUUAUCAAACACAAAAGCAGCAACAGCGACAAUUACAACAACAACAGCAAAUAUCCCGUUCGAAAAGUCUGUACCAAGUAUACGAUGGCGACAGCACAUGCGGCGAAGGUCACGAGCAAAAUGCCAGCAGCACAUUUGGCGAUAAAUCAACUUCAAUCUCGUCUUCAUGUUUGCGUACGCGUAGCAGCAGCAACCUGAUCGUAGAUUUGAAACAAACGAGCGCGCCAAAUGGCAAUGGGAAGACAGGCAACAGCGCUAAUUCAAGGCACAGCACACUGGCAGCGACGAGUGUAGAUAAACGUAGUUACGAUGCCAUUAGCUCGCCCCCAAGCAACAGUUCGUACACCACAUUCAAGGACUUUACCUGGCGCCGUUCACCUAAGAAGUACGCUGAAGCCAAGGCUCAAGCCGCUUCAAAUGAUGUUGAGGAGAAAUUAAACCAGGAAGCUUUCCGACUGUCGCGUACCAUACAAAAUUUGUUAACAACAUCCACACGCCAACCGGAUUUGCGUCUGCAUCGUAACGCCUCGCCGGCAUGCAGUAGCAGCAGUGUGGGUAAAACACUUACAGCACCCACAUUACCAACCAUUAUACCAAAACUCAUCACGCCUACGCGCACCAAUGCCAUCACGGACAAUGGCAACCACUUACGGAGCACACCAAUCGCCAACACGCUUGCCUCCGCCUCCGCCUCGGCCUCGGCCUCGGCCUCGCCCGACAUGCUCUUCCUGCGCGCCAACAACAUACGCGACUCACGCUUAUCGUUGCGCAGCUCCACGGAUAGCUCCGUACAUUCCACCGCCUCAAAUUCGUCUGUGGUGUCCACCUCCUCAUCGUCUGCCGCAUCCACAUCCUCGAGCAAGGUGGAGACGGACGAUGAUGUUACGCUACACCGUCCAUUCAAUCAACAAAUUGCACUAACGCCAUUCAAACAACAUCAGCAUCAGCACCAGACCCAGCAUCAGCUGUCACAUCAGCAGCCGCACAACUCGGCCACGGAGGACGAAAGUGGUUUCAGUUCGAUCAGUUCUUUUCAUGACAUUGGUGUACCGCUUUGUUCCACAAUGAUAUCGAAUGGCUCCAUAACACCGAAUCGUUUGUCGUUGGCCAGCAUCAAAUUGGAUGCUGCGAAUUUGGGUAGAGCUAAUAACGGUAGCACUGGUGCCGGUAGCGCUUCCGCCGCAGCGACGGCGUGUGAUGUCGAUGCCAACGAAGGCGGUAGCGGCGAUAGUCGUAAUUCGACAUUGAAGGCUAAUCAUCCCAGCAAUGUGUUGGGUGUGCCACUGCAGCCCACACACGAUAUGCAGCAUCGUUGGGAUACAACAACAACAACAACGAAAAACAGUUAUCGCAAUGCCGAUACGAAAUACCAACGCUUCUCGACACUCUCCAAUGAGGAAGCGGCCGCCGUACUUUGGGUGUAGAUGUGUGCCCACACAUGCAUACAUACAUGCAUACAUACAUGCAUAGCAGCUCACAUUAGCUCCUCAACGCAUUUCGCCUUAAUUCUGCAAUACUUAGUGCAUUUAAUUUAGUUUAAAUGUUUCUUCUAGUAAAGAAAACGAAACAAAUCUACAUACUUUAUACAUGCACACAUACACACACAUAUAUAUAUAUAUAUAUCAAACGAUUCAGAAAAAAUUUUAAAUAAUAUUUUUAAUCUAAAUUUAAGUCCGUUCGGCAGUUUAUAUGAGUAAACUUACAUGCAUGCAUAUAUAUAUAUAUAUAUAUAUUUAGUACUGUUAUAAUUUGGCUCCCAUCGGCGCCUUUUAAUGUUUUAAUUAAAUGUUACUUUUAGCGAAGGAAACCCAUUUAAAUUUUAAGAAGCCCAUUCACCGAAUUUGUCUCCAUCUUCCGUCUCACAAAGCCGUAAAUGCAUUUAAUUUGUUAAACUCACAUACAUAUAUGUAUACGUUACACAUAAACUUAAAUAAGAAACUUCUAUUCAAAGGUAAGAUAUUAUUAAAGCUUAAAUAAAACGCCACUUGGCCCAAUUAGAGCAUACAA